AUGUCUAUUUCUGCAUCAAAAGCUAAAAGAGAACAAAAGCGUUUGGAAAGAGAAGCCAAAAAGGCUGCUGCUGGUAAAAGCACCAAAAAAACCAAGAAGCAAGCUGAAAAAGAUGCUGCUGAAGACGAAGUUGAAGGUGCUGAAGAACAAAUUGCCAAAAUGAAAUUACAAACAGAUGAACAUGGUUUAUCUGAUAGAGUCACCACUGGGGUCUUGGAAUCUUUGGAAACAUCGAGGGAUAUUAAAUUGUCGUCUGUGUCUCUUUUAUUCCAUGGUAAAGUCUUGAUUCAAGAUUCUACGUUGGAAUUGAAUUAUGGUCGUAGGUACGGGUUAUUGGGUGAAAAUGGUUGUGGUAAGUCUACUUUGUUGAAGUCCAUUGCUGCCAGAGAAUUCCCUAUUCCCGAACAUAUUGAUAUCUAUUUGUUGAAUGAACCUGCCGAAGCUACUGAAUAUUCUGCUUUAGAAUAUGUUGUUAGAGAAGCAGAACAUGAAAUGAAAAGAUUGGAAGAUUUGGUUGAAGAAUUGAUUGUUAAGGAAGGUCCAGAAUGUCCUGCAUUGGACGGUCUUUACGAAAAGAUUGACGAAAUGGAUCCAUCAACUUUUGAAAGUAGAGCAGCAAUCAUUUUGACUGGUUUGGGUUUCAACUCAGUUACUAUUAACAAAAAGACCAAAGAUAUGUCAGGGGGUUGGAGAAUGCGUGUUGCAUUAGCAAAGGCUUUAUUUGUUAAACCAACCUUGUUGUUAUUGGAUGAUCCUACUGCCCAUUUGGAUUUAGCUGCUUGUGUCUGGUUGGAAGAAUACUUGAAGAGAUUUGAUAGAAUUUUAAUUUUGGUUUCCCAUUCUCAAGAUUUCCUUAAUGGUGUCUGUACCAAUAUGAUCGAUAUGAGAUUGAAACUCUUGACAUUGUACGGUGGUAACUACGAUUCUUACGUUAAGACUAGAGCCGAAUUGGAAACCAACCAAAUGAAACAAUACAAUAAACAACAAGAAGAAAUUGCCCAUAUCAAGAAAUUCAUUGCAUCUGCUGGUACUUAUGCUAACUUGGUAAAGCAAGCCAAAUCUAGACAAAAAAUUUUGGAUAAAAUGGAAGCUGAUGGUUUGAUUCAACCAGUCGUUCCAGAUAAAGUUUUCACUUUUAGAUUCCCUGAAGUGGAAAAAUUGCCACCACCAGUUUUAGCAUUCGACGAUAUGUCAUUUUCAUACUCUGGCAAGCCAGAAGAUAACUUGUAUGAGCACUUAGACAUUGGUAUCGAUAUGGACUCUAGAGUGGCUCUUGUGGGACCAAAUGGGGUUGGUAAGUCUACUUUGUUAAAAUUAUUCCAAGGAAAAUUACAACCUCAAACUGGUAGAGUGAUUCAACAUACACACAUUAAAUUGGGUGUCUAUUCACAACACUCUGCUGAUCAAUUGGAUUUAACCAAAUCUCCUUUAGAGUUUGUGCGUGAUAAAUUUGCCAACAUUUCACAAGAUUAUCAAUACUGGAGAGGCCAGUUGGGUCGUUAUGGUUUAAGCGGUGAAGCACAGACCGCCCAAAUGGCAACUUUAUCUGAAGGUCAAAGAUCUCGUGUUGUUUUUGCAUUAUUAGCUUUGGAAGCUCCAAAUUUGAUCUUGUUGGACGAACCUACAAAUGGUUUAGAUUUAGGUACUAUUGAUUCUUUAGCUGAUGCUAUCAAUGCCUUUAAUGGGGGUGUGGUUGUUGUUUCGCACGAUUUCAGAUUAUUGGAUAAAGUUGCAAAGGACAUUUUCGUCAUUGAAAAUAAAACAGCUACAAGAUGGGAUGGAUCUAUUUUGGAUUACAAAAAAUCAUUGGCUGCCAAGGUUGUAUUAUAG